GACAUCUAGCGAAUACGUGCGUUCUCUAGCCACUCAGGCCCAAGUAGCUCCACGUCCCUUCUACUGUUUACGUCUGUUUUGGGGCGCUUGCCGCUCUGGCGCCAGCUGGCAUGCGGCUUUCGCUCUUGCUGCACUUACCUUUGCUGCUUGGCCGUCUUCACAGCACCCAUGGAAGGAACCUCCCCAGCACGAUUUUUGAUGCGUUCUUUCGAGGCGGUGCGAGUGCUGAGCAGCGAAGCGUUGGUGGGCUUGCUGUGAUCGGUGCUGGGGCGAGCCGCACAGGGACGCAGAGCAUCACAGAGGCUUUGCACGUCCUCGGGCUUCCGGUCUACAACCUCGUCGGAAUCAUGCAGCACAGGCACACGCGUGCUGCUACUCUGGCGUUGCAGCAGCCCGGGACGUUCACGCGCCCGCUGAUCGAGGAAGUGCUCUCGCUCGGAUACCGCGCCACGAUGGACACCCCUAUGAACAUGCUGUGGAGAGAUCAGCUGGAAGUGUUUCCGGACAGCAAGGUCCUCUUGUCGGUGCGUGACACGACCGAGGAUUGGAAGGCCAGCACCUUGUGGGCGGGCAACGCCCUCGGCCCCUUCCACAAGAGCCGUCCGUGGAAGUGGAUUGUAGACCUCGGCCCUCUGCUGCAAGAGGUCAGCGUUUAUUACUGGCGCGGUGGCGGCGGGGAAGAUUUCGGGUGCAAGCGAGUAGAACGGAUGGUGCAGCCCUGGUGGGCUCCGUGGGUGGAGUACGUGGAUAUGCAGGAACUUGAUGGCGAGUGUUUGGGCCGCUACUACGAGAGCUUGCGAGCAGAAGUAGAGGCAACGGUGCCUGCGGAGAAGCUUUUGGUGUUCAACGUGAAGGAAGGCUGGGGCCCACUUUGCGCUUUCCUGAACGUGAGCGUUCCCUCGCAGCCGUUUCCUCGAGUAAACAGCUCCAGGGAAAUGACAGCUGCGUAUUAUUUGUUGCGCGUAGUUUGCUGGGUGUACCCUCUCGCUCUAAUUUGUCCCGUCGCACUUCUUGGUUUCUGCCUCCGCCGUUGCAUGGCAAAGAGGAAGACUGAAUGAGCCGAGAGCAGCCACAAACUGAUGCGUACACCGUGAGUGGUAGCGAUCAUGGCAGUCUAAAGCAAUGUCUCGGGCCAUCUAUCCUCGUCCUGAUCUCUCUAAGCUCUGGACGUGCAUGGAGCUAAGCCGUCCGCGACACGCAGCACUGUACCAUAGAU